GAUUCAGGACCCCUCACCCCGGAGGUGGUGAUCUUCCACUGCCAUGUGUAGACAGCAAGGGAGCGGCUGCAGAUCCAGGGCUCCAGGACUACAACAAGGAAUACAUCAGGCCAGUUUACACCUCUAACCUCGGCACUAAGACUGAAAGAAAGACAAAAUAACAAGCUGUUGAUUUGCUAAAACUUAGCGACAUGGCUCUGUACAUGAAAGCCGCUGAGAUCUUGGAGAAAGCCGAGAGCAAGCAAGGCGCUUUGAAAACUCUCGUCUACGACAGUAAAUUUUCCAAUAUCAAGCAGCUGUUCGCUUUGGUGUGUGAAACCCACAAGUUUUCCUCCAUACUUGAGGAGAUCAUCGAGUCCACCAAGUUACUGAAACAGACGAAGCUGAGAAUGCACCUGGCUAAAGUAUUAACUUACGACCUGCUUAUGGGUCGUGGUGUGAAAUGUGGUGGCAAUUGGAAGACCGUGAUGAUGAAGCAUCGCUCCAGACUGCAGGCGGCCCUGGCCCGAAAGAAGGUCAAACAGCGAGUCAGCAAGAAUGAAGACCUGCUCCCGUCCAGCGCUCUGCGACCCGCCGGUGAGCUGCUGCCAAGGUAUGUACGUGUCAACACCCUAAAGACCACUGUGGAGGACACUGUGGACUACCUGAAGAGGGAUGGCUUCUCCUACCUGGGACAAGCCUCCAAGCUGGAUGACUUGACCCUGAAAAAGAGAGACUUUGUAAGGGACAUGUAUCUGCCAGAGCUGCUGGUCUUUUCCCCAAAGACUGACUUUCACGAACACUUUCUGUAUAAGGCCGGACAUAUUAUUCUUCAGGACAAAGCCAGCUGUCUUCCCGCCUACCUUCUAAACCCUCCGCCCGGCAGCCAUGUCAUAGAUGCCUGCGCUGCCCCUGGUAACAAAACCAGCCACCUCGCAGCCAUCAUGAAGAACAAGGGCAGGCUGUUUGCCUUUGAUUUGGAUGCGAAGCGUCUGGCCACCAUGUCAACACUUCAGCUCAGAGCUGGGGUUACCAUUCACCAACUCGCACACCAGGACUUCCUGAAAUUGAACCCUGACAGCUCUCAGUUCAAAGAUGUGGAGUAUAUCCUGCUGGACCCAUCCUGUAGUGGAUCAGGUAUUGUGGCCAGCUAUCUCUGUUUGACAAAAAGCUUUUUAGAUGUCUGAUCAUCUUAUCGCACACUUGUUUGCAGUGCUAAUAGUUCUACAUCAACUCCUUGGCAUCCAGAUUAACAGUGUAGAACAUUUGAAAACAAUUUAAUAUUAUUAAGGAUUAAACUUGGUGAAGUCACAUGAUCCAUUUUAACUACAAUGGUAAAACAUUUCGUACACAACAUGUACAGUUAAUCCUGAAUCUAAAAUAAUAGAAGAAGACAUUUUUACUAAACUGAAUCUCAUUGGAACUCAUCACAAUUAGGUCAUCCAUCUCCUGGCCUGAAAGACCUAUGAGACCUUAAAUGAUAAUACUAUUAUCAUUUAAAGCCCCACCCCCCCCACAAGCCUACUGUCUUACGAUUGACCACCUCUCCAGAGGCUUUUUCCCAUGUAGUUAUUGUUAUACUGGCUUGAGCUCAAGUCCUGUUUUCUGUGCAGCUCUAUUUUUUAAAAUUAUUAGGGGUUAUAAAAAUGGGAUAUGACAUCAUAUUUUCCAUGAUUGACACUUGCACAGAGUCUAUGGGCAUAAGGAAAUUGUGUAGGACAUCCAGGGGGUAUGCUGUUUGAGCAGAGUGUCAUCACAGUGACUCUCCCACCAAACACUAGUGCCAGUUUCAGGAAAUGAAGAAAAAUCCUGGAAUUAUUGGGGGCAACUUGGCUUCGUAUUAAUACCUUAAAUCACAAAGAAGGCUGCUUUAAAUUCAGUUGUGAGUGGCUUUACCAAGAGAGAUUUAAUCUAUGUGUGGGGGGUCCAGGUAUGGUGUGCCUUCAGGAUGAUGACUCUACGGCUGACCAGGAGAAGAAUCAGAUGCGUCUUGCAUCUUUGGCCUCCUUCCAGCUGAGGUGCCUGAACCAUGGACUUAAGUUCCCUUCCCUGAAGCGCUUGGUGUAUUCUACUUGCUCCGUCCACAGGCAGGAGAACGAGGAUGUCGUAACAGCAGGUCUGCAGCAAAAUCCUGACUUCAGGUAGCGCGCGCGCACACACACACACACACUCACACACGCGCACACACACACACAGAUACAUAUCUUUAUCUGCCUUUGUUUCAGAAGUUGCCUUUUUCCCACUAUUCCCCACUAUUGUAUGUUCCAUCUUAACUUCCACUUAAUCAUUUAUGAAAUAGUUUUUGAAUCAAUAGGCCACUUGUCUGACUGUGCAGGUAUUACUGUUGGACAUGUGAAAUCAGCAAUUAUUAUACAAGUCCCAUGUGUCUUUGUCCAGGUUGGUUCCUCUGCUGCCACAGUGGCCUGAACGAGGUAUACACCCACUCAACCAGUGUCUUCGUGCCAGCUCCACCAAGACCCGCACACACGGCUUCUUUGUGGCUUUGCUGGAGAAACAUAUUGCGGAUAAGAAGUGCAAGCAAGAGCCAGCAGUUCACUUCAGGUAAACACUAGGCUGACAUGUUGAAUUAUAGAUAUGUGGGUGCAUCUCACAAAUUUGAAUAUCAUGAAAACGUUAAUGUUGUUAUCAAAAAGGUUAACUUUAAAAUUUAAAAACAAAGGCUUUUUGUUGUAAUUUUGGUGAUAAUGACUCAACUCGUGGAGAUUAUUGCUCUGGAAUUGGAAAUUACCAGAGUAUUUCUGUCAAAUGAGUUAUUCUAAAAAAAUUUCAGCUUUUUAAAAAAAAAGUGUGUUCUUUGAAAUGUUUCUGGGGCUUCUUUCCAACUAACAAUGACAUGGGUGUAGCGUGGUAUGAAGACAAUCAGCUGGUGGCAGUGCUGAGGUGUUAUUAAGGCUUUGCCAGCAGCCUCAGCUUGGCUAUAUUUUUGGGUCAGGAGUCACUCAUCUUGCUAUGACAGAUAUCCUACAAAUUCUUAGAGAUUCAGGUCAGGAGAGCUGGCUGGCCAAUCAAACAUAGUAGUAUCAUGUUCUGUGGGCAGGAAACCGAAAUCCUCAUCUCUAAAAGUUGUCAGUAGACCAACAUUGUUAGACAGAAACAUUAUUUUUUCGUUGUACCAGCAGCCAGUUUAAGCAAGGUGAACCUACUGCUGAAACCAAUGGGCUCUAUGCACAGCUCCACAGCUUACUGAACUUAAGGCAGCUCCUUUAUUUCCUGUCUUACAUUAUUGGACAAACUGAUUAAUCCAGGUGUGACUGUUUAUUGUGACUUCUCAGACACACCUGGAUUAAUCAGUUUGUCCAAUAAUGUAAGACAGGAAAUAAAGGAGCUGCCUUAAGUUCAAGAAGUAGUGGAUCAGUGCAUCGAGUCCAUUGCCAUCCAAAGGCUGUUGUAUUUCGCAUCUGCAGCAGGGGUGUGACCGUGCUGGCCAACCAGUCAUGCUGCUACCAUUGGCAAGUUAGCUCUCAGUGCCACCAUGCCAAUGGAACAGCAAGGAAAUCAUUCAAUCCCGUCUUCAACAUACAUAGGCCAGCAUUUGAGUGUACUGAGGAAACUAUAAUUGAUCUGGUGUGAGACCUUUACUUGACACAUUUCAUAUGCAAAGUGAAAGUUACAUACCUAGAGAAUAUUUCGGGGGAAAAUGCCUGAACACCUAUUUUAUGUGUCUAGAAAAGUUAAAUUUUUACUUCCUUACAUAACUGAUGAAAGCUGUACAACCUUUUUAUUGGUCUCCAAAUUUACUGAGAUGUAAGUGUGUAUAAAUUUUUUUGAUAAUUCUAUGAAAGUUAAGUCUCACUUCAGGAUCAGUUAUUAAAGGGGACAUCUAGGUAAGGAUGUUGAUUUUUAAUUACAUGGAAUUUGGAUGUCAUUAUUUAUGGUUGCCUUCCAAAAUGUACACUACUGGUCAAAAGCUUCAGAACACCCCAACUUUUACAGAAUUUUAUUGAGAAUGAUGCAGUUUAAUGUCUCAGUGUACUCUGAAAUUAAUGCAUAGAACAUAUAAACAAUUGAAGUUCAAAAAGAAAUCAUAAAAUCAAUUUAGAAACAAAAAUGUAUUCUAAACUUUGGACUCAUCAAAGUAUCCACCUUUGGCUGAUAAAACAGCUGAACACACUUGUGGCAUUCUUUCUACAAUGGUAAUCAAAUAUUCUUUAGAAAGUUUUUCCGAACUCUGUUGCAGAAGUUUCCAUAAAUGUGUAGUACUUGUAGGUUGCUGUCCUUUCAGUCUUCUGUGCAGUUCAUCCCAAACCAGCUCCAUGGGGUUUAAUUCUGGAGACUGUGCUGGCCACUCCAUGUUUUCAAGCUUACCAUCUUGUUCUUUUUUUCUGAAGGUAGUUCUGACAUAGCAUGCUUCUGGCAUUUUGGGUCAUUAUCUUGCUGUAGGAUGAACCCCUGACCAACUAGGCGCUUCCCAGAGGGUACUGCAUGGUGCUGCAGAAUGCUGUGGUAACGUUUUGGUUCAGGGUGCCUUUCACUCUGUACAAGUCACCAGCCCUGUAUCCAGCAAAACAACCGCAGACCAUCACACUUCCUCCUCCAUAUUUGAAAGUUGAUGUCACACACUGAGGAACCAUCCUUUCACCUACUCGAUGGCGUACAAAAAUCCUGCGUGAUGAACUGAAGAUUUCAAAUUUUGAUUCAUCAGUUCAUAACACCUUCUCCCAGUCUUCAGUAGUCCAUUUGUGGUGUUUCAUGGCCCAGGCAAACCUCUUUCUUAUUCUGAAGUCUCAACAAUGGCUUUCUUGCUGCAACUUGACUCAUCAAACCUGCAACUCGAAGUCCUCUCUUCACAGUUGAAACUGAGACUUGAUAACUGCGACCUCUAUUAAGCUGUGCUUGAAGCUGAUGUCCUGUGAGCCGCCUGUCACACAAGCUGUUGACUCUCAGAAUCUUGUCUUCUGAUGCUGUCGGCCACAGUUUGUCAGGCUGACCCCCUGCCUUUUCUUUAUCCCAAGAAAAGUUAGGACACCUGUAGAACCAACUAUUAAGGCUUGAUCAACCUCCAUUGCUGCAGAACUGCUUUAAGUUGUUCCCUGAAAAAUGCCUUUUUGUAUAAUUAUUAAAUGUACAUUAUUCUUCAGUUUUGGUUAACCUUACCUCCUUUUAUUUACCUCUGGCAGUUCAUCACUCAGCUUUUGUACUCUUUUAAGCUGUUCAUUGGACUUGAACUGCUUGAAUUUCAGUAAAAAACUGGAAUAAUUGGGGUCUUCUAAAACUUUGGACCAGAAGUGUAUGUAAGCUACCUUUUUCAUGAGCACGUAUGCAUCACUCUACCAUCGGCAUUCAGCAUCCAACCAUGUUUGCUUUUUAACUGAGUGCUGAUAACAAGCUGGAUGGUUCUUUUCCUCUUUAGGGCAAAUGAUGUGGCAUCAAUGGUUGCCAAAUAAGUAACAAAUAUGCUCUAACCAAGCAAAGAAAGGACCAAAGAUGACAGGUUUUUACUUAUCCUUAAUGAGCUCGGGUCCAGAAAAGUCGCCAGUGUAUCCCUAUCAUGUGAACAUAUGAUUUGGUCUUUGCAUGGCUCUGCUGUAGGGAUCCAGUGAUGAGAAGUGUUCUCACACAGUGGUUCUUGGAAGUAAUUUGAACCCGUACAGUUAAUUUAAAAGAAAGAAAGCAAUAGAUGUACAUUUUUAAGAGAUUUAAAAAAGAAGACAGAGUUUUUCCAUCUGACAUUCUCAGGCAGGUAGUUACACAGCUGGACUACCAGAUCAGAACUGCAAAUGGUCAGUCAUCUCUUGAGACCUGCUGAGUUUUAGAAACCACAUGUUGAGAGAGCCCUGCUAGAAAUUCUCAGGCAGCAGUCUGGCUCGUGGGGAGUAGGCAACUUACUGACAAAUAAUAAUAAUAAUAAUAAUAAUAAUAAUAAUAAUAAUAAUUUUAUUUAUAUAGCACCUUUAAAAACAGAAGUUUACAAAGUGCUUAGACAACAGUUGUAAGCACAGAGCAUCAGCACAUUGAAAAUAAAAACACAUAAAAACAAAAGCUCAGUUAAAAACAGGCCUCUGAAUUGUAGGCCUGUUUCACUUUUCGUAAGAAACCCAGGCAAUACAAGAACCCUACAAAAUAAAUGGGACCAUGAGGACCAAAAUAAAAGCAAAAGCAAAAAAAAAAAAAAAAAAAAAAGAAAUAGACAAGGAGGGAAGAAAACAGGCUAGUAAGUAUGAAAGAGGAUAUUAAUAAUAAUAAUAAAAUCAUAAUAAAAUAAAAUGAUGGUAAUAUAAAUGAUAAAGUGGAAUUAAAUAUAUAUAUAUAAAAUAAAGGAAAAUGAAAACAUUAAAAUCAAUAAAAAGAUUAUAAGUAAAACAAAGGCUAAAAAGGCAGUAAGUCUAAAUAAGAAAGAGGUGAAAGAGGUAAAAGAAAAAGGAGAAAAAUAAAAACGGUAAAAGGCAAUAAAAGAUGAAAGAUGGCAUCACAUAAAGGCAAGUCUGUAAAAGUGAGUUUUUAAAAUUGACUUAAAAGAAGCGACUGUCUCUGCACGACAAAGACCGGAGCCUGGUCAUGUAAGGUUUUAAGAAACAAGCAGUAAAUCUCAAACUUGAAUCUUAAAACUCCCAGGAAGCCAUUCUAUGUUAAUCUUUAUCAAAAGGUUGGGAGUAACAUUUGGAAACAGUUCUAAUCUUUGGAUGUUGGGCUUGCUGAUGCACCAUGCAUAGUGCAGGAUUUAUAACUUGUACCAACUAGUUUAAUAAAUUGCCUUUGCACCAAUAUCAGUUAAAUAUUGUUUGAAUUACUUGCAAGUUUAUUGUCAACCAACAUUUUACAGUGUGCCAAGUUGCCAACUUUUUUGGGAUUGGCUUUGGUAGUUUUGAUGCAUGCCUUUUUUUCGUAGGUGAAAUUCUAAAUUGUUUUAUACAAUCAACAACUGACCUGUGGUAAGAAGAGAAGGUUGACCUUUUCUAUCUGCUUUCACAGUGCCCCAGAGGAACUACCACACAGUAUGUCCAAGUGUCAGAAGAGAACUGCUGACUCUGAAACUUCAGAGACUGAAGACAAACCAACAUCUGCAGCAGUAAAAACUGGCAAUACACCCAGCAAGAAGAAGAGAAAGAAGAAAAAGAAGAGGACAGCAGCAACAGUAGAUAAAUAAGAAAUAUAAAUUAGAUUGCUGUCAUGUGUUGUCUCCAGGCUAUACUCUUUAGCAGACCAAGUUUAGACAGACACAUACUGUAACUAAUGUAUCUGAAAAUAUAUCUGAAAAGUGAAGAGUAAAGUUUAUUUGUUUCUGUAUAAAGUCUCUGAGGCUCAUUAUUGAUUUAAUCAGAAAUGCAUUGAGUGUGUUUUAUAUUUCGCUUGUUUAGAACCUAAAAAAAAUGGUUCAGGUGUCUCUUUCUCCAGAAAGCUGACUGGUUUUAAGAAAUCCUGUUAGUCAGUGUUCUGCCUGCUCACACAAAAAAUGGGCUUGCUCAAAGUUCAGUUUACACUAAUUAAAAUGAACUAGUUCAUGUUUAUAUUUUUUUUUUUUUUUCUAAAAAAAUUUAACUUAGUUCAUGAUCCAAAAAAUUAGCUGGUUCACGUUCAUUUUUCAGCUACAAAUGGUCUUUUUCAGUCGAGCCAUCCAUGCUUCAGUAUUGUCCCCAUAAAACAGCAGAUGUUCAAAGCCACCAUUCACAUGUGCGCUACUGCAAUGUUUUGUACUGUUGGCAGGAUUAGCCAUGUUGAAUGAAUGGAGAGUGCUGUAGAUCUGACCCCUGCUGCCGUAAAAUGCAUCUCUGCACCUUUUGGCACCCCUUAUGUUAAAUCAUAGACUGUAUAUAGACGCUGAAUCUAAAAUAUAAGGCGUUUGAUUUGUUAAACACUUUUUAGUUAAAUACAUAAUUCCAUGUUUUUCUUGAGCACAACUGGAAGGUUGGUGGUUUGAUUUCCCUCCCCAUCCCUUGUCUAUCCAUUGUGUCCUUGGGCAAGACACUUAACCCACCUUGCCCCCAGUGCGUAUUCUCCACUGGUGUAUACAUGUGAGUUAUAUGUGGUGGUGUUAAGAGACUGUAGCCCCGGAUUGGCAGCAACAUUUCCGUCAGUCUGCCCCAGGGUAGCUGUGAAUACUACUGUAGUUUACCACCACCAGGGUGUAACUGUGUGAGCGAAUGAAUCAUGUAGCCAAUGUAAAGCGCUUUGAGGGUCUCUAAUAAAGCGCUAUAUUAAAUCUGAUCUAUUAUUUUAUGAAGUGAAUAAACUGUGUCGAGACACCA